AGUGAAACUUGUUAAGUUUAUUAUAAACGUUCACUUGACAUGGAUUUCUACUUCAAGUGAGAACAAGUUGAUUGAUAAACGAUGUACCCAAAUGAAACUCUGCCGAAUUGGAAUUAGGUGGAUAAGUGGUACCAUACUCAAAUUCGAGGAACAGCUCAAGUAAGCGAGUCGUGUUGUUUUCCAGCAAGUGAAGUGAUCGGUAGUGUUGAGGUAGUGACGUUUAAUAGUUACAAAUGGUUGGUGGAUGUAUGUUAAAGCCAUGUUGUCUUACUGUUCGUUAUUAGUAUGCGCAUGUGCUCUUUCAAAUUUAAUUGCGUCAGUUAACUCGGGACCAUGGGCGAGUCCAGCCCAGGAGAAACUCGACGAAAUUCACGACGCAGAAAUCUACAAUGCAGUCGUUAGUUCUAUAAAAGAAUGGGAAGCUCGAAAGCAGCUCGAUAGGAGAGAGAAAAGAGAAACACCGCAAGCUUGUUACGAAGAUCUUGGGUGUUUUGAGGUAGAGGGACCGUUCGCGUAUUUGGAAAUGGUGCCGGGGCCGCCCGAAGACGUGAACACCAAGUUUUUCUUGUAUCCUAGUCAUAAAAGUAGAAAAAGCGGAUUUACACAUUUGGAAAUUCCGUUUUCGAAUUUGUCCGAUGCGUUUAACUGGGGCGACAGGGGAUUUAAUAAGGAACUUCCGACGAAAGUUCUAAUUCACGGUUUCGGUAGCGACUGUAGUCAUAUAUGGGUAUAUGAAAUGCGCAGCGCGUUAAUGGCUGUUGAGGAGAUGAACCUCAUUUGCGUGGACUGGUCAAAGGGUGCCGAAUUGCCCAACUACGUAAAAGCGGUGAUUAAUACCAGGUUGGUUGGGAGGCAGGUAUCGAAUUUGCUGAAGGGGUUAAUGGAAAAGUCGGGGCUGAUGGAGAGUAAAGUGCACUUGAUCGGUUUCAGUUUGGGUGCCCAUGUGGCGGGUUUCGCGGGCGCUAACCUGGGAAAUAUCAGUCGAAUCACCGGUCUUGAUCCGGCUGGUCCAUUAUUUGAAUCACAAGACCCACGCGCGAGAUUGGACCAAACCGAUGCGCAUUUCGUGGACGUUAUCCAUAGUAAUGGGGAAAAUCUCAUUUUGGGCGGGUUGGGUUCUUGGCAACCUUUGGGCCACGUUGACUUUUACCCGAAUGGUGGCAGGAUGCAAAAGGGAUGUUCCCAUAUUUUCUUGGGAGCCGUUACUGACAUUAUUUGGUCAUCAUCAAUAGAGGGUCGUUCUUUAUGCAAUCAUAGAAGAGCCUAUAAAUUUUUUACGGAUUCCGUUUCUCCACGUUGCCAUUUUCCUGCAUUUCCUUGCAAUUCUUACGGUGAUUUUUUGGAAGGGAAUUGCUUCCCCUGCACGGAUGAGCGAGAGUGCGGAAAUAUGGGAUACUACGCUGAUCGCUGGCACGGAAGAGGACAGCUUUUUCUUAUUACAAGGGAAGAAGAACCGUUUUGUGCGCAUCAAUACAAAAUAAAUAUUAAAACGAGCAGUACGGAUGUUCCCGUCGUUAGUUACGGAAAACUGCAGGUCAUGUUGUUGGGAGAUUCAACUUUAAAUGAAACCUUUGUAAUGACUAAAAAGGAUGACGAGGAAAUGGUCCUUGGGCACGAGAUCUCUAGAAUGUUUGUACCCCAUCCCAUACUAGCUGAUCCCACCAAAAUCGAAAUACUGUACACAGCCUACAGCGGAUGGAUAUCGUCUGGAUUAACGCACUGGAAAAUUGAUAAAAUCACAUUGAGUGAUAGCUUCGGACAAAUAUCUUCAAUUUGUCAGAAGUCGAUUAUUUUAGAAUCUGGAAAGCCAUUGGUGCUGCCUUUACAUAAAGGCGAUUGUCAGCUGCAGGAAAUUGCAAACAAUACCGAAGACCAAAAUUCAACUAGUGCAGAAACUCUUGAAAAGACAGAAAAUAGACUUUCAUUAAGCAACGCCAUAUCAAUAUUUAACAUUCCAUGGCUAGUAAAUAGUGAUAAAGAGAAUGCGGUUGAGGACGAAAAAGAAACGAGUCGCGCGUUGAACGUCAAAUAUGAGGAAGAUUCGCCCAACUUCAAUCACACCAACAACGCUACUCCACACGAAAUUGUGGAACCAGUCUUGAAAGCGCAAAAUCGCAAGAAUGCCAGAGCUCAUAGCUACGUGGAUGACAAAUCGGAAAUCUCAGAGCCAAUCUUAGGCUCCACAACAACCAAGAAGGCGUUUGACAACGAGGACUUAUCCAAACGAAACGCUCGACAGGAGCCAUUCGAUUUUUACGACACGGGUAAAGACGAAUGGUCCGCAGUUAGUGCAAGGGACGUAAACGUGUUGAAAGGAGAAGAACGCAACAAACACACCACAGAAAAACCCGCGGAAUUCGGUGGAUUUAGCUCGAUCUUCACCACAGUACAAAUUUUACCGGUCAAGCUUGCUAGGAUGUUUGAACAAGCCGAGAAGUAUGCGAGAGAAACGAUUUUGCCAUUUGUGAGCGCACACACUCCGAAAAUCAUACGAGAUUUUAUUGCACCCGAUCGGUCCAUCAAGUACUUGCCACUGAGCUUUGACGAUACAAUCCCUAUCAAUAUUACAAAGCACAUUGGGUCGGAAACUUUCGAUCUAGCAACAAGUUCCGCAAAUCCAAUAUCAACAAGCUACAGUCACAUACAAAAGAUUUCUAAAAGGAAGGAGUUUGGGUCACACGAGUCUGGGCGGGAUUUUUCCGAAGAAAAUCUAACCGAUGAGAAGUUGGGUCAGUUUAGUUCCUCAGAUGAGGACGUACGAUCGGAUGACAAGAUUUACGUCAACCUACCGGUGAUUGACAAGAACGUUCAGCCUCUGAAGUAUAUACCUAUUACUAAGAGUGGAGCCAAUUAGAUGUGUUGUAAAUAGUGCCUGUUAUGUAAAUAUUUCCUUUUUUGUUUACAUAAAUUUUUUACGAAAAAUAAAUACUAUUUAUACUA